CGUUAAAGAUUUGUUUUUACUAUAGUUGGGAAAAUAUAGAGAUUGGAAGCCGGUGUAAGCGUCACCAAACCUUAAUUUAUCAAAAUGUUGCGCUGGUUACGAGGAGAAGAAAAGGAAAAGGAACCAGAAGUUUUUGAAAGUGUCGCAAAUGGUUUGAAGAAAUUAUACAAGAACAGACUUCGACCUUUAGAAGACGCUUACAAGUUUCAUGAUUUUCAUUCGCCAGCACUCGAUGAUGCUGAUUUCGACUCAAAACCGAUGGUGCUUCUAGUUGGGCAAUAUUCGACAGGGAAAACCACUUUCAUUCGCUACUUGCUGGAGAAAGACUUUCCAGGCAUGCGGAUUGGGCCGGAGCCUACCACCGACUGUUUUAUCGCCAUCAUGCACGGGGACGUCGAUAAAGCCACUGGCACCAUCAACGAGGGGGUAAUACCUGGUAACGCUCUUGUGAUCGACAAGUCGAAGCCGUUCCGAGCUCUGUCAUCGUUCGGGAAUAACUUCCUGUCAAGAUUGCAGUGUUCACAGAUGAAAAACGAAGUUCUUCAAAGCAUCAGCAUCAUUGAUACCCCUGGUAUCCUCUCUGGAGAAAAACAGAGAGUCAACAGAGGUUACGACUUUUCAAAGGUCUUAACAUGGAUGGCUGAAAGAGUGGAUCGAAUUAUUCUUCUCUUUGAUGCUCAUAAACUGGAUAUUUCCGAUGAGUUUCAUGAAGCACUUAAUGCAGUAAAGAUGUAUGAUUCUAAAAUCCGUGUUGUGCUAAACAAGUGUGAUCAAGUAAACACUCAACAGCUCAUGAGGGUAUAUGGGGCACUUAUGUGGUCGCUAGGAAAGGUAAUCAGCACACCAGAGGUAGUUCGCGUUUACAUCGGAUCUUUCUGGGACCAACCACUUCGUUACGAUGAAAACAGAAUUCUGUUUGAGGCCGAACGUAACGAUUUGUUUGAAGAUAUUCAAAGCCUGCCACGGAAUGCUGCACUUCGGAAACUCAAUGAUUUAAUCAAGCGUGCCAGACUUGCCAAGGUCAAUGCCUACAUUGUGAGUUAUCUGCACGACAAUAUGCCAUCAAUGUUUGGAAAGGAGAAAGCAAAGAAUAAGUUGAUCAACGACCUGGAUAAGAUAUAUGUCGAACUAUCCAACAAAUACAACACAUCGCUUGGUGAUUUCCCUAAAGUGGAAGAGAUGAGAAAACAAUUAAAGAUGGCUGACUUCACAAAAUUCCGUGGUUUAAGUGAAUCCAUGAUCAAAAAGGUUGAUGAGAUGUUAUCACGUGACAUCGCUGAUCUCAUGACUCUCAUACAAAGAGAGGAGGCAAAAAUGACGGAAAAAAUAAGGCAAGACGGCCCUGCAGUUAAAGGUGGAGCCUUCUCUACUGGGGCCGAUAAUCCGUUCAACAACAAAUGGGGUGAAGGGGUGAAUGCUGGCAGUGAUUAUGACACAGAAUGGAUUGUUGCGAAAAAGAAACCCGAGUAUGACGAAGUCUUUAUGAAACUUUCACCUUGUAAUGGGAAAGUUAAGGGAAGCGAGGCAAAGAAGGAGAUGUUGAAAUCACGACUUCCCCACACCGCUCUCGCCAAGAUCUGGAGGUUAGCUGACUAUGAUAAGGAUGGUCAACUCACUGAGGAGGAAUUUGCUCUCGCGAUGCAUCUUAUCAAUGUCCGAUUGGAAGGAAAUGAAGUCCCAGAUGAACUUCCCGACCAUCUGAUUCCUCCAUCACAGAGAAAGCAAAAUGAUUUUAAUGAUGCAGCGUACUAAACAUCAAAACUUCUAAUACCACAUUACACAGAUAAUAGUGGAUUCGAAUCAAGUGAAAAGUUUUCUCACGCGUCUCUUUUAUCUUUCUUGUAAAUCUAAGUUUUUAUCCUCGGACUCGCAAGUUUAAACGUUGCAACAAAAAUAUUUCAAUUCGAACGCGAAUCAAAUCGGCAGCGCCGGAUUGCGCAAUACCCCAUGACCAUAUUUGGCCGAAAAGGAUCUUACCCACUUGCAUGGUUUUCAUUCAUUUUUUUACUGACCUUCGCGAGUCGAAAGUCUGGUCUAUGUUGUAUUGAAAAGCAACGCUUAUAGAUUAAUUAACGCCAACCGAAAAUUUGCAUUCUUCAUUUACUUAAAACGUCUAAAGUAAAUGAUAUGUUAUGCGUUACCGUAGACCCAAGCCCCCCUAUAUCUCAUAACAUACCCAAACCAAAAUAGCCAACACUUUAAGAUUUUAUUUUCGCUUCUGCAAUUGUUAUCACAUUUCAAUCCCAAACCAACCUAACAUUUUUAGAGUGUUAUACCUUUGAUGUGUUUAAUGCUGUACAAUAACAGUUAAUGAUAUGGUGUGUUAGUUUACUUCGUACCUACAAACACCAUUGCGUAUUUUACCAAGAAUACGUACAAGUGCAAUUCAAUCCAUUACGCUGGUCAUGAAUAAAAACAACUUUUAUUUGUUGUUGGUUCAGUUAAUGUUUUGGUUUAUUACAUUUAAUUAUCCGGUGUUACGUUUUAUUAAAAUCUGACGAAUUUUCGAUAGAAAUUUCAGAUUUUCGUAAACAUUUUAUUUUUUUUCGCAUAAUCCUUUUUUCCUAGUAUAGUCCGGAAUAUUAUUUUAGUUGUCAUGCCUUAUUAAUAUAUUUAAAGUGCCGAAACCGCCAGGUGAUUAAUAUAUUGUGUAUUUUAGCAACCUGGAUUGACUUUCAUAUGUUUUAAUCCCAAACCCCAGAAACAGCAGCGUUUACUUUUCAAACACAAAUAUUCCGUCAACUAAUGCUUAACUUAUUUGGGUGUUUUAAAACAACUUAUUAUUCCGAAAGUGUUCUUGCUUAUCUGAUUUGUAAAUAGCUUAAACUGAGAUGUUUUAUGUUGAAUGCUGAAUGAGUCACUUAUGCUACUAAAUACACUUGCAGUACUAAA